AUGGCCCAGGCACAGCUCAGCUCCUGGCUGCUCCUGUGUGUGUUUGCUGCAUCCCAGAGGCCGACAGAUGAACAUCCUCACAGCGGCACCAACAGAGCCCGUCGUGGCCCAGAGGACGCUGGCAUCAUGUUAGAGAUGCUCUGGGGAAGGCUGGAUAUUCAGGCCAACGGGACAGUCCGGCUGCUGGAUGAAGAGCUGGCCUCCCUACGCCCGGCACGGCGCUUCCUGCAGAUUUUAGAGGAGGAAGUUCCCAAAACACGGGCAGAGAUUGAGCAGCAUCUGAGAUAUUUUUCACUGACUGACGCUCCCUUGCCUCCGACAGAGUUUGACCGUCUCCUUUUCACCAGUGUUUACAGUGCCUAUCAGGUUCGCUCCAUGCAGGGUCUGGAUAAAAGCCCCUGGAUUGGCUUUUUCUCUCAGCUGGUUGAUGAAAUCUUUCGUGACCUGUGCAAGGGGCUCUGCCCUGCAAAUACCACUCUCCUCCAGGCUUCCUGGCCUUGGAAGGAGAAGCCUUCACAUUUAGCAUCCCUGAAACAUUUGUAUCGCUCUAACCUGGCCAGGACCAAGAGAGACACCUAAUGAGGGAGCCCACCGUAGGAAAGGGCACCUGGCUUCAGCUGCCUCCUUGGUUAUUUUCAAUGCUUUCUACAGUGUGCAGGACUUUGAAUAAAUAUGCUACACCCCUUUGUCCUGCUUUCUGCACUGUGCUGGCAACCCCCUCAGGAUUUAUGCUCAAGCUUUUAUUUUUAAAUGAAAAAAGGUCAAAAGUGCAUUUCUCCCUUUUCUGAUUUUGUGCUAAGUGGGCUGUGCUGAACGGGGCAGUGCUAUUUAGAUGUCUUAUCUAUCUUGAUCACCGAUGCUCAGGAGAGAUGGCUUGGAAGUAUUUUUCCAGGAUAUUUUUCAGCUGGUGUCACAGCUGACUUCAUUUCAGAUAAUUCAGUUCACUCUCCUUAUAUUCUCCCUGUGGUUUCAGACAAAUACAAGAACUUUUUUCCUCUCCAGUAGCAGCUAAGCAGGUUUUGUUGUGUUUCAUAUAUAAGUCACAUAUUUAAUUUAAUUUUUCUCCUCAUGUGGCACCAUAUUUUAUGUGUCAACAGCAAUUCCCCAUAUCAUGUAUUCAUUUUUCUUUAAAAGGCAACCUGAAAAUGUAUGUAUUCCAUGAAGCUUUCUAGUAUUUGCAUAUCAUAUUUACACAUAUACACAGCUUUGUUUCAGUUAUAAUUUUGGAAUAUACUUCCUGAAAUCUCAUUUAAAUUCUGAAGGAUCCUGACCUAGUUAUUUCUUCAGCAGAUUUUGCCUUUCUUCUAUAAAGUUUUUUUUUGUACAGCUGUGGCAUUUUACAAGCCAAACAUAAUAAAUACAUAGUCUCUAUCAGAAAUAUAAUUAUUUUACAGAAAGACAUCAUUAACAUUUGUCUGUCUUAAACACUGCGGUGUGAAAUUAGAUAAAUGUAAUUAUCUCCUCAGGAGGGUUUUAA